GGCGGGUGUAUGGCGGGUCACGUGCCUUCUUGAAUGUCUCGAACCACGUGCAAGUGCUUCUGUGUGUUGCUCAUUGCUGUUCUCCUGCCCAUCUUUGUUUUGCCUAUGCCCCCGGCAGGUAAACCUGGUGCGCCGACCUCUGCUCAAAAUAAACGGUACGGCAGGUCUAAGACUUACAACGACAAACCGUGGGCUCUUGACUGGGUAGGCGGUUUGCAUAAACCGGGGUGUGGGGCUGUUAUCUUCUUGAACGAUGACAACGGCGCCACUUGGUACUGUUGUGGGGGUGUGGAGAAAUCCGAGGCGGGCAGGAAGACCUACGAAGGGAGGACGUUCAGGACCUUCUUCCUCACGUCCGUCUUCGACAGCGCUGGGACAGAUUGGGUCAAGGAAGACAAGAAGGUCUCCCUUGACCUACGUCUCUUCCAAGGAUACGGCGUCAAGGCUUUCUCCAUGAAAGCGUUUCACGUGCGUGGGGACGGAACUGAAUUCCGCAUGCUUUCUCCGGAAGAAUUUCUCAGCAAACCAAACGCCAACCGCGUCACUGGCUGCCUUCCUGUCGUCGACAGUUCUUUUCAGAUGAGCAAACCUUUGGUCCAAUUCAACAGUCCGAUGGACCUGCUGCCAGGUGUGGUUAAGCGGUACAGGAAAGACUUCUCGAAACUACCGCCAGACCAGCAAGCGGACUGUGUUUUUUUGCCCUUCGAGGCGGGUUCCAAGAGCAGGCGACAAACGUUGUCCGCAACAACAGGGAAGAUAAAGCAGUUGCCGGGUGGGCCGUCGGGUGUGAAUCUUCCCUCGCCCUCCGUGAGGGGAGGUCGUGAUUUGGCUCAAGGUUCAAGCGAGGCAACGGAGUUUGAUGACAGGCUUCUGCACCAGUGCAAUAUUGGCCGUGAAAAUUCCCGAGGCAGUGCAGUUGCCCUGGACGAGGACAACGACGAGGACGAGGAAGAAGGAAGUGUCGGCCCGCAUGACGACGGCGGUAAUGAAGCAGAUGUGGAAGUUGGGGAUGACAACAUGCAGGACCGGGGCGCGCUUGCUGACGAGGACGCUGACACACCAAUGCAUGGUCAUGACAUCUCCCCUGUCGGCGCUGUGGGAGCCGCACGUGGUCAGCCCUCGACGUCCCGUGGGAUUUCGCUAUCGCAAAGCAGGAGUAAGGGUGGGCACGACUCACAUGCAAUGCAAGGACCGAAGGCGAAGAAAAGGACAAGGGAGACUUCUCCGUCUGCUUCAACUCACAAGAGGCAAGCCAGGAUUGACGCUGUUAAUGAGGCUCGUGGAGCUUUGACAGCGUCCCAGGAGGCGCGGCCUCCUCGGAAAAACAACCAAGGGGGGCGAUCUGGGGGUCAAGGCGGUGGCCGUGAGGGCGGUGGCCGUGGCGGGGCGCGGAAAGGCUCCCAGAGGGUGAGACCACAAGAGCUGCGGGACUCGAGGGAUGAGGGCGAGGGAGUGGAUCCUCGCAUGCCCGAAGAUGCUGAUGAGCCAGUUCAGCGCGUCGCGCCUAUCGACACUACGCGUUGUUUCUUCCUCGAGUACGAUGACCAAGGCUUUGCUACGCAAGACAUCUAUGCUGUUCGCGUGGACGUCAUGAGAAUCAAACGCAUUCCCCGCGGAAGGAUUCUUUUCAACCACCGCUCGUUGCCUGAAAACAUUGUGCGAGGCAUGGAGAAUGCCAUCGAAAGCUCCAUCAGCACGGACCCGUGGGCGUGGGAUAGGCCCGAGCUCUUGCUUGCGCCAGUUGACCGCAAUAACAUUGUCGGCGGCCAGGGAAGAGGGAUCACGCCGACCGAAUUCUUGGAAAGGGACCCGGCAGAGUUCGACUGGCACACUGUCUUUAAAGUUUAUGGCCUCAACGCGUACUCUAAGGUGCGGGUCAUCUAUUUCGGAGAUGAUCAAACACGAGGGUAUUUCAAUGUCUCCUGCUUCGACAACACACGCGAAAAUCGCUCCAUGAUGUUGUCAUUCGAGGACGCCGUCCGUGACAUCAGGCAAUGGUGGAGAGACAACAAUAGAAUCGAGGCCCCCAAAGCCAAGGUCAGCGAGAAGGAUGACGUGGUCGUUGCACAUCAGAAGACGUGGCAAAACUUCUUGAGGGCCUGCAUGGGGAAGGCAUGCGACAAGGCGUUUGUAAAGCAAGCUCUCGAGAAUGAGUACAGUAAGGACUGGAGUAAUAAACUCCGGGGCUACAUGAACCUCGCCACAUCCAGUGUCACAGUGUGGCCGCUGGUCGAGAGGUUUUUCAAGAUGUUCAACGAAGGAAAGCUGCCAGUUAGCGAUGGCAAAAUCCCGCUUGACAUGCCCGGGAGGAUGGAAGGCCGCCUGCCAGGCCCGUACACCGACGAGACCAAGGGAAAAAGAACAUUGUACCACUGCAUAUAUGCAACAUAUGGUCCCAAAGGCUCCACCGUGUCGUGGAAGGAUCUCUGUCCUUCCUACUUCAAAAAUUUUCGGGAUUUGACAUGUCGUGAGAGGGAAGUUGCGUUGCUCCUGCUCAUGAAGGGGAAGGUGGUCGCAACGAACGUCAAGGUCUUGCCUCCAAGAGUGAACACAGAGUGUCUCCUCGACAUCGUGCGAAAGGAGCGGUACAUGGUGUGUAUGUUCAAUUAUAUUCUGUUCUGCGCGGAGGGAAGGGUGGACGACGAAUGGAACGACGCGUUCUUCAUGUCGUACAAGGACCUCGAAGACAGAAUUGGAUUUUUUUUCUUCUUUGCGCCGCAGAAGGUGCAAAGCAAUGUUCUGCGUCACUUGUUCCGCUGGGAGGACGUCGAAGUCAUCCCCGGGACCUGGAAACGAGUGGACAGGCCGCCGAACGACAUAACACGAUACGGCAAUAUGGCUACGACGAGUCGAGAUAUGAUGGCCAUUGUCCUGCACGCCGAGGGAGGGGAUCUAAAAAAAGUAACUGUCAAACCCCGACUCCACAACGACCUCACAACCGUACACGUUGUGGAGGAGAAGUUUGAAAAGUGUCAAGGAAAACACGGUGGGAUAGAGGGCGAUGAUAGUGCGGUGUAUUCCAUCUGCGAGCGAGAGCCUGGAAAAUUGCGUUCGUUGUGCGGGUCAUUUGUCGGAGAUGUGGAAGGUGUGCUUUUGUUGGGUAGAGCGCACGCCGGUCUUGUGUGGGAGUUAUUACAGGCAGGUAAUAAUGUCAUUGCCUGCGACGAGUCGGCCAAGGACAUUGCAUUUCUGACAAAGUUCGUCGAUAUACUUGUGAAGGAUGAGAGAUUCGCCUGUCAUGUCGAGAAGCCACGUUGCAAACAUCGUAGCAACAGAGACAUGUUCCACAAGUUGGGGCGCAAGAGAUUGAAGGUGUGGGAAUACCUGUUCCGCGAUGCGCCGCAAGGACGGCUUAACAGGAAUUACAUCUACAGGAAAGCAAAGGUGAUAGAGACCCUGAAAAAUUAUCACGGUGCUCUUACUGGCGCCUUUGAGACUUUUGUUGCUCGAUGCGAGAUCCUGAAGUUUGAUCUUUAUAAAGACCACCUGACGUCCAAGUACUACGCUGACCUCGCGAAUUCGGGUGACGGCUUUAACCUCAUCGACAGCGAGGAAGACUCUUCGGAGUCCGACCUCGAAUUGGGCGAGGACAAGGGUGGUGAAGGUCCGGGCGGUGGCAUGGUGCGGUCACACGAUGAAGGGACCGUUCGCUCGUAUGAAAGACCCGUACCGGUGGACGCCCACAGUGUUGGCUCGAUGGUGGCCCCCAUGGAGGGCACCGAUUUGCCAAACAUGGGAAUAUGUGGUCCCGAUGAUGAAGAUGACAUUGAUAUGCCGGGCGAGGCGUCAAAGCUCGCACCAGGCGAUUCAAUUCCUCCCGGCUAUUGUGCUGAUCCGACCACAAUUUAUUUCUUGGGGGGCAAACACGCCCGCACUGGUGAGGACAAGUGGGGCCAUGACAUCUUGGAGUACAGUUGGAAAUUUUACGCCCUGCGAACAAGUCUCACAUGUGGGUCAAUCGACUGGAAGGUCAAUCAAACUAUCGGAACCAUGGAGGAGAGCAGCUCUCAGGAUGUCGUGCCUUUGUCGGCAUCGCCCCCCGUACCCACGCAGGCAGGGCAGAGGGAGGAUGACGGGACUACUGUGGUGAAGACUCAAGAGGUUCACAUGACGUCUAUGCCGCAAAUCUCCGUCGCCGUGACAGAACCGUCCAAACGCAUGGAUGUGUCAAACGCAUUGUCCUCAGAUGCAGGUGCCACGUACGGGAGUUUAUUACUAACAUGCGCCGCAUUAGAAGGCACAUCCAAAAUGCAGUCAGAGUCAGGUGUUGGCCUGAGCGUGCCGGACAGUCAGUUGCAACCGGAGUUAUGCACAGGCAAAGGUGAUGCACAAUCACCGCUGACACCACAGGGAGGGGUCGUUGCGGAUGGUAGGAAGGGAGGGGAUAUGGAGGGAAUCCUUCAUCCUCGCAAUCUUGAGACCUUAACCGAUGAUUUUGAUUAUGGGGGUGAGGGUGGAAACGACGUGGUCAAUACGAGGGGAGUGUGAAAUGAUCGGUGAGGCGGGAGGGGGGCAAUGGAGAGGGAGAAACCAACGAUAUGAUUAUAAUGUUAUUCUUUUCUUUGUUGAUUGAAAUCGCACAAUUGACUCGUUUGUUUUUAGUUUCAAAUGGAACUAGUAUUAGUCUUCGUAGGCACUAUGACCACCUGAUUUUCUUUUAUGUAUAUAUAUAUUUUUUCCUCAAUAUUACCUUCGACCUAAGAUGUUUAUGAUACUUGCCCUUUUCGACGUAGGUGUGUGUAUGCGGAUGUAUUCGGACUUGGAUCUCUCUCUCUCUCUCUCUCUCUCUCUCUCUCUCUCUCUCUCUCUCUCUCUCUCUCUCUCUCUCUCUCGUUCCGACUUGGAUGUGUGUAAAAGCCAAACAUGCGUAAAUGCAAGUAAAAGAUUAGAGAAACA